ACUCAUCAUGAUCAUUUUGUAUGCGCGCACUUAGUCAGGAGAAAGAGCGGUUACCGUUGAUUCUAUCUCUUACUGGAAAGGGUACCAGACAGGAAAUUAGUACAUUGACCCCACACGCAAUCGUCCCAAGAUGGCUGUAGAUUAUUGAGCAAGUGCUGUUCGCGGUUGCAUGUAAUAUUGGUUUUCGGUGGAAAAACGUUGAUAUAUAAGCCGAUAGCCGACAUUUUACAUCAGAGGUCGUGACUGCGAUCAACAUAUUACAACAAGUGUUGUUUUAGAAUCCAAAGAUUAAGUCAAAUACAGCACCAAACAUGUCGAAGUCAGAUCAAAUACUGGAGAUUGAUCCUCCCAACGAGUUGAGGUUCCGAGGUCCUUUCACCGAAGUGGUGUCCUCUGAACUGAAGCUGAUUAAUCCCUCAGAGAAGACGGUAUGCUUCAAGAUCAAGACCACAGCUCCCCGCCGGUAUUGCGUCCGGCCAAACAGUGGCAUCGUCGGCCCAAAAGAGUCUGUCAAAGUCUCUGUCAUGCUGCAGCCGUUUGAAUAUGAUCCCAAUGAGAAGAACAAGCACAAGUUCAUGGUGCAGUCUCUCAUUGCGCCCCCGGGAGAAGUCAAUCAAGAAGAAGUGUGGAAGUCGCAAGAAAGCGGCGCUCUGAUGGACACCAAGUUAAAGUGUGUAUUUGAACUACCAGCCAAUCAAGCUACACAUGCUGCUUCAGUGAUGGAGCCUGGCAGUUCUGGCAAGUCUCCUAAAGCAGACAGCCAAGGCAAGACGGCAGAGAAAGACCUGGAGACAGUGGUGGAGGAAUGCAGGGCACUCAGACAGGAAGUCAGUAAUCUAAGGACAGAGAACACAAACCUAAGAGAUGGUGUGCGACAGCGUAAAGCCGGCGGCGAUACCCAGAUGUCGUCUGUCCAGCCGGCGGUCAUGGAGACCAAAGUCAACAACAUGCCCUCGGUCGUCGCUCUGGUCAUUGCCAUCCUAGUGGGGAUCCUGGUUGGGAAAAUCAUCCUGUAAAACAUUCACUAAAUCAAAAAGCUCAACAAAAAAACAGACUUACUAAGCCUAUACAGUCUGCCCAGUCUCUGUCUUAAAAAAAAAAAUCUGCUCCUUCGAAAAUAAUAAGCAGGGACCAAUGUGAUGACAAAUAUAAUCAAUCAUACACGCACAUUCAUUUCAUUAAUAAAAGUAGAAACACAAGUCAUUUCGAUUCUAUAAAGAGAAAAACACUAGUAUGUGAUUGAAAUUACUUGCGUCAGUCAUUUCGUUUCAUUAAGCAAAUACAAUCGCAACGGGAAUAUUCAUUUGCAUGUGACAAUAAAACAUAAGGACACGCUGGAACAAAUACAUUAUGAACUGAAAAAUAGUACAUCCAUGUGAUUAUGAAUAAGCAGUCCAAGGUUUUCAUUAAAAAAAAAUAAAAAACCCCAAAACAAAUGUUUUACCAGAAAAACAGUUUAAGGGCCUGGAUUUCUUUUGAAGCAAUAUCGUCAUCAUUCAUUAAGUCUCUGGGUAAGUGUACAUUAAUAGGCGUGUGGGCGCAAAGGAAUGAAAAAUAUACGGUGUGCAAGAAAAACUCCUUUUUUUCCAUAUCUGGUCAAACGAAGCAACAAUUCAAGCUGGUCAUGCUCAAAAAAUCAUAAUGCACAAGAAAAUCAGAAUAUAUCAAUCAAAACUGUAUAAAUGUGGAAUAUUUGUUAAAAAAACCCCUGUUAAAUACACCAAUCUUGGCUUUCAUCAAAGAUGUUGAAAUGUUAAAUAGCCUUUGCAUUGCUUGCAUGGUAUCCAUUUCGUAGUUAAACUGGUGGUCUGUCCCUUAAAAUGUUUAUGAAAAUUGGAAAAAUGCUACGAUCAUUUGUAGAUUUUUUUCCUGUUUCAAUUUUGCAAACCCUAAAGCAUUUUUGCUAGUGCUGUGCGACUAGUCUACUCGUCACUGGUGACUACUAUUUGUAGUCGCAACCUCCAUUCUUUUGUAGUCGACUAGUCGUGACUAGUCGUGGUGCUGUGACUAGUCGUGACUAGUUGUGGUGCUGUGACUAGUCAAGGUGCUGUGACUAGUCAUGACUAGUCGUGGUGCUGUGACUACUAGUCAUGGUGCCAUGACUAUGGUGCCAUGACUAGUCAUGACUUGUUGUGGUGCAGUGACUAGUCAAGGUGCUGUGACUAGUCAUGACUAGUCCUGGUGCUGUGACUAGUCAAGGUGCUGUGACUAGUCAUGACUUGUUGUGGUGCAGUGACUAGUCAAGGUGCUGUGACUAGUCAUGACUAGUCGUGGUGCUGUGACUACUAGUUGUGGUGUUGUGACUAGUCAAGACUAGUUGUGGUGCUGUGACUAGUCAUGACUAGUCGUGGUGCCGUGACUAGUCAUGACUAGUUGUGGUGCUGUGACUAGUCAAUGUGCUGUGACUUCUAGUCGUGGUGCUGUGACUAGUCAUGACUAGUCUUGGUGCCGUGACUAGUCAUGAUGCCGUGCGGCUGGGAAAUUACUAGUUGCACAGCACUGAGGUUAUUCUUGGGCUUAAUUGUGGGCGUAACUUUGCAACACAUUUCUAUGCUGAGACAGUGCAUUUUCAUCAAUAAAUUAAUUAAAUUUCCGAACGCUUUAAGAAGUCAACAAUGGGUGUGUACACUGUGUAAGAAUUUUGCAGAUGGAGAAAUGAUUCGGGGAUAAAAUAAAGAGUUUUAUAGACUA